AGCAGAGAGAUUCCUCUCCCUAAUCCUCUAGACACACGCUUGGUCUGGCUGCCUACUGGCUCAGAGAGAGAUAGACAGAGGCAGGUGGAGGACGCAAACGGAGAGAGAGAAAGAGAAACCAAGUAGGGAGGAUAAAACAAGAUGAAGGGAAGAGAGGAAAGGAGAGCUGCCGCGCUGACAGAUACGGAGAGAGGAGAGUGAGGACGAGGAGGACUGGAGAAACCAGGGACGGCUUCAAGCAAAGUAAAGGAGACGGAGGAGGUGUGCAAUGCUUUAGUCCAGCGCAGCCGGAACCAAACCAGGAGAGAAGGAGAGAAGCAACAGAGAGAAGUGGGGGGGGGGGAUCCAUCAAAGAAAAUAGCUGGCAGAGAGGACCGAGAAAGAAGAGACAAAGGGAGAAAGAAAUGAAGAGGAUGGACAAGAAGAGAACAAGCAGAGACACAGAUCCCUGGUUAUUCAGGCUCACAUGAGUGUAUGGACCUGAGAGUUACUACAAGAUGCUGUCCAAGAAGCAGUGUGUGAGGGCAGAGUGAUGGAUGUCUGUUUGCACAAACUACGGCUGCUCCUUGAAACUCAGUAGAAGUAGAUGAGUUCUAGUGUGUCUGUGUGCAUGACCAGGUGUGUGUGUCAGUGUGAGAACAUAUGACAGACCAGAUGUUUUAGGAGGUAAACAGGGUCAGGUGCUACCAGAGGAGGGACACAAGGAGGAAAGUGGAAAGAGAAUCGUAUGGACGAAGAAUUAAACACACACAGACACACAAACGCACACACACACACACACACACAUAGACACCAAUGAAAGUGUGUGUACAGCUAGUACAUAGACGGGCUUCAGUCCAACCAUCUCAGGUGCAGUUAAGGCUGUGUGUGUUUGUGUGUGCAUGUUUGUGUGUUUUCGGAGAGCCCCUAAAAAAAAAAGAAAGUCAGCAACAAAAGGUGCCACUGAGCUUCUUCAAGGUUGCUUUUGAUUCCUUUUUUUUACACCAAACAAGCCACCUGAAACCACUCCCUACCUCAUCUCAACCCAUACAAGUGGACUUGAAGACUCAUAAAAAGGGACUUUAACACCAGCUCUGGUGCUCUGCUGACUGGGAACCCCCACCUGAUUUCCUGUGCCAGUGGAUGCCACCUAACUCCAACCAUGGGAGAAUGGACCAUCCUGGAGCGCCUUUUGGAGGCCGCCGUGCAGCAGCACUCUACUAUGAUCGGAAGGAUCCUGCUAACAGUAGUGGUGAUAUUCCGUAUCCUCAUCGUGGCAAUCGUUGGGGAGACAGUGUACGAGGACGAGCAGACCAUGUUCAUCUGCAACACUCUGCAGCCUGGCUGCAACCAGGCCUGCUACGACAAGGCCUUCCCCAUUUCCCACAUCCGCUACUGGGUUUUCCAGAUCAUACUGGUGUGCACGCCCAGCCUCUGCUUCAUCACCUACUCCGUCCACCAGUCAGCCAAGCAGAAAGACCGGCGCUACUCCUUUCUCUAUCCCAUAAUGGAGAGGGACUACGGGGGAAGGGACGGGACACGAAAGCUCCGCAACAUUAAUGGAAUUCUAGUUCAACAUGGUGGUGAUGGCGGAGGAGGGAAGGAAGAACCUGACUGCUUGGAGGUGAAGGAGAUCCCCAAUGCCCCGCGGGGCCUCACCCACGGGAAGAGCUCCAAGGUUCGCCGGCAAGAAGGGAUCUCCCGCUUUUACAUUAUACAGGUGGUGUUCAGAAAUGCACUGGAGAUUGGCUUCUUGGCGGGCCAAUACUUCCUUUACGGCUUUAGUGUACCUGGGAUUUUUGAGUGUGACCGCUACCCAUGUUUGAAGGAGGUAGAGUGCUACGUGUCCCGCCCCACAGAAAAAACGGUUUUUCUGGUGUUCAUGUUUGCGGUGAGUGGCAUCUGUGUAGUGCUCAACCUGGCCGAGCUCAACCAUCUGGGCUGGCGUAAGAUCAAGGCUGCCAUCAGGGGCGUCCAAGCCCGCAGGAAGUCGAUCUGUGAGAUAAGGAAGAAGGACAUGGCGCAUCUGUCCCAGCCGCCAAACCUGGGACGCACGCAGUCCAGCGAAUCAGCCUACGUCUGAUGAUGAUGAUGAUAAUGAAGAGAGGAAAAGGAGAAGUGGGGUGAAUGGGCAAGAGAGAGAGAAUGAAUAAUUAUGAUUUUAAUUUAAUGAAGAUGGGAUGGAGAUUACCCCUCCUCUGUGAUGAUGUGAAUGAAACAGAAUGUAAAAAGACCAAAUCUCUGGCUCUACGACUUUGAGAGUCAUCAAGGAGGAGGGGAAGAAGAAAUAAAGGCGUAGAGGGAGGAUAAGAGAGGACAAAAAGUAUAUUCUGCGAAUGAACAUGAUGAACACAAUUUGGUCUCAUGGGGAGAUAUUCCAACUGCCAUUUUGUACUUUUGUCUUCUUUUUUUAAACUACUUAAAUGUUCUCCUCCGCCCCUCAUUUCUUUUAAAGUGGGAAAUUAAAUCCUCAAGGGGCUGGAGAGGGAAGGACUAGAGAUGAGAAGACGAGAGAAAGGGAGAAGAGAACAGAUGAGAGUCUGUUUUGUGUUCUUUGGGGAUAUUGGAAGAUGACGGCGGUGUUUAAUAUUGCAUCCCAUGGUGCUUUUCUUCUGGACUGUGUCAGCCUCAGUGAAAAAGGGGAGCACUAGAUAGGGGAUGGGACAGCAGCAACAUCAUUAAAAGAGGAACGGAAGAACUGUCGAAGCCACGACGGAUACUCGAAAAUGAAGGCGAGUUUGAGAGAGACAGAGACAGAAACAGGGGGAGGGCAGGGGGGUUAUACCUGCGGAGGAGGGAAGACACUUUUUCUAUUGCUUCCUCUGCUUGCUGGAGACUCAGGGUAGACCGAAGCAAAGAGAGAAAAAGCUGCCUCUGAUCAGUGUCAGCCUCGCCUCUGUUGGAACAUCAUCAGGAUCCAAAGCCAAGAGAAAAAGACUGACGAUGUUUAUGUUUUGUCUCUUGGCAAAAGAUGAAUUCAACACAAACACAGCGCGUACCAUAAACACUUUUUUUCCCUCUCCCCGAUCUCUCACACUCUCUGCUCCACAGUUGGCAGCUAUAUAGACCCCAGGGGCUUCUGAUGACAUUAAUGACUCUUGCUGCUCUCAUUCUGCGUAAACGUUGGAGAGGAACUUAUGAACAAAUGGACAAACACGCGUGUAAACGUCACUCUCUCCUAAAGCACAAACCAAACUUCCAGCAUUCCAGUGUGCUGGGAGACAAAGGAGAGGAAGAGGAGAGGCAGAGAGAGGAGAGGAGAUAAAAGGAACAGGAGCUUGUAAAGAAUGGGAAGAGAUCACUUUAUUUCAACUUUAAACAAAUUUUAUAAAAUAUAUCACCAUGAGUUUUGAUUUUUUUUUUCAAAGAAAGCGAUGGUGCCAUCCUUGAGAGAUUUAAUUAUUGUUGAAAAGUUAUAGAAUAUAUCAUAUUAUUUAUCCAUUUAGAAUAUAUCCAAAUAGAUUUAUUUAUCUGCGUGCGGGUUGGUUGGGACAUCAUGUUGAUGUUUAUUUCAAAUGUAUAAACUGUCUGUUUUUUUUUCAUUUAUGUUUAGUUUAAAGCAUUUCUUACUGAUGGAACAGAUUCAUGGCAUGUACAGGGUGGGAAGGGACACAUUUGUGAACUUUAUUUUGAAAAGUAUUGAGGCUGUGCAGCUGAUUUUUUACGUGCAACUGUUUAGGAAAUCUUCAUAGCAAUUGCAACUUAAUUGCAUUCAAAAUGUAGAACAAUGCGCCUUUUCCAAAAUCAGCUGCAUGGCUUCGGGCAAUUAAGGCCUGUGAGCCAUUUGAAAAAGGCAUGUUUACAUGACGCAAUGUUUCGUGAAUGAUCAAGCUGUGUAGCCGAUGAGUAGUAACUCAGUAGGGAAAGUUGUGUUUUUGAAUCUCAGUGGUUUUCAUUUUGCAUUUCUUUCCUGACUGAAAUUUCAGCAUGCAUGCCUUGUAAGAGAAAAGAAGGACUAGAAGAAAAAGACUACGAUGACAGAAAGUGUUGCACCUUGAUUAAUCCAGACGAGUGGGAGAGUGGCAGACUGAUGGAACUCAUUUUGCGUCAUCAGCAUCUAGGCAGUGUUGAUCGGACACAGUACAUCAUAGACAAGUGCAUCAUUUAAAACAGGGUGCUUUCACAGUGCUGGCCUGUGAAACCAGACAUAGGGACAGUUUAGUGGACUACAUGUGGUGUCUUUAAAAAAGAAUAUCUGAUGAUUUAACUGACAUGACACUGUUCUGUUCCUCAAAGCAGAUCAUGGCACAACUUUAUCUUUUUAAAUCAGUUCAUGUUCAUUGAUUCUAUUGCAGUGACAAAGAUAUUAGAGUGUUUAGGUACAGUGAUUUUAUUCAUUAUCAGCUAACUGUAACUAACUCUAGCUUACUCUAGCAGAUCAUUGGUCUAAGCUUUAGCCCUGGCAUUGAGGAUCUCAUCUACCAUAGCAAUCUGAAUGGCCUUAUGCAGCUCAACACUGCAAUAGCUUAACACUGCCACACAUGUGGGUUUGACUUUUACAGGGGGCCACACAUGCACCACUGCUUCUCUCUCAAAGCAUUUUAUUAUUUAUUGUUAUUAUUAUUCCAAACUGAAGCUGCAGUAUCCUACAUUAUUUUGUUUCCUUUUAAACUUCUGCCACUAGAUUGCAGCAAUAAUUGUUGAAAAUGUGAAGAACAUUUCCUUGUAAAAAGCAGUGUAUAACUUUCUGUUGUAUCAAGUUUCCUUCAAUUUGCCUUAUCUGCUUGUGCUUUUAUUAGCCAUCUCCCACAUUUCCCACAAUGCCUUUGGAUAACUCCUUAGUCAUUUUGCUGUAGGUAAAUAAAAGGAAAAUUUGUUGCAUCAGCACCAUUUAUAACCUCUAAUGCAGCCCCCAAGUACAGAGGAAAUUUUUAGUCAGCUAGGUGAUUUUACAUCCUCUUAACAUCAACAUCAGAUUUUACCAAUUCUCUACACAGAUGUAAAAUGUUUAUUUUCUCUGUCGUUUGUAGUUUUUUUUUUAGGAAGAAACAUAUGUGUCAUCAAAUAACAUUGGAGCUCUGGAAAUACGCACCAUAAACACACGUAAGCCUGAGCCACUGGAGGUCUUUGAGCAACAGAAACAGCUGACAUAGCAAAAGAAAUCCCCCCAACUCUCUGUUUCUCCAUUCACCCCCACUGUCAUAAUCUCUGUGAUUCUUACAGGUGAUUAUCUCCAGAUUUAGGCUCCUCUGAGGAUCUCUGUGGGGCUCAAUGGGAUCGGUGCAGUCUACUUUAUGCACUAGGAGGGACAAAUGCACUGAAAAGGCAUCCCGGAAUGCCUAAGAAUAAAGGUUGAGUCAUGGCUUCCCUCAGUUACUGACAGUGUGUGCUUCUGUUGAAGGCUUAAACGCUGACCUUGAGCUUAAAGACCAAGCCGACGUCCUGUACAACAUGCAGCUCCUGCUGGACGGUCACUGCGCACUACAGCACUGAUCUAAUCUCAACAGAGCACAGGUCAAUGCUGGUAUGAGGCCUAUUUUCUGUGACUGGUAGAUACACACAUGCUGAACAUACAUUCAUUCUAAAAAAAAGGAUGCAUGUGAGAACAGUAGUUUGAGUUCUGUUUCUGUUGUUAUGUCUGGUUUCAGUAACAUUUAUUCACACAAUGCUUGAGGACGUUGAGGGACAUAAAUGUUUCCUAGUUGUCUUUGGUUUACAUUUACCCAGCACUGAUUGUGUCUCACAAUCACUGCAGUUGGUGUAUUAAUUACUUCUGAGAGUAAAUCAGGCCCAAGUUCUUCCAACAGUCCACUACUCUCCACAGUCUACUUUUCUAUUUGUCAAUGUGAAAUGAAUUAUGCAACUUUUCUUUUCUCAUUUGCUUCUCUUUUUGACUUGUGUGGAUUUUUUGUGCAGUGACAUAUCAAAAAAGAAAGAUGGUUUUUUUUCUAUGUAAAGGAACAAAAAGUUAUUGUUUUUUCAAUGUGUAAACACAAGGGUAGAAUGUUGAAAUAUAAGACUAGCUGAAAAAUAUGUUAUAUUUCCUCCCUUGCCAAAGUUAUAUGCAAAAUUUAAUUCAUUUUCAAAGAUUUUUUUAACUGCAUGUGCAAUGGCUAGACUGAGCAUGUUUCAAUGUUUUCUUCAGCAGAGUUUUGUCCAAACUAUGAAGCAAAGCUAUUACGUCUUGAUGCCAAGUGUGUAUAUUAAUUAACCAGUUCUUAAGACGGUACAGAGCCAGGCAGACAAUACCAACUCAGUGAUGUUUAAACUUCCGAUAACAUUUUAUCAGUCUCAGUUUCAACUCCCAAAAGGUUUUUGAAAAGCACUACGCACAUCAAAUCUUCUACUUUAAGAAAUUUGCACAUGAAUAUAACACCUUUAUAAUCUGUUGUAGAAUAUGAUUUACAAGCAAAUUCAAAGUCAAAUGAUCUACUGUAAAACACAGGGUAAACAGGAAUAUGAACAAGCAGGUUAAAGACUGGCACCAUGAGGUGUCAGGCGCCAUAACAUUCCAAGGUUAAGUUCCCAGCACAAUGUGUAAUUAACCUGCAAUCUACAGCCUCUUGAUGUGUUAAAUACGAUUCAAUCCUCAGUGAAGCGCCACACGGACACUUUCUUGCGGGAACAGUACACUGACAGCUGACUCAGGAAAGAGAAAAAUUCUGAUCUUUUACACCAAUCUUUUCUAGUACACAGGAUGUUUUUACAUUAACACACAGGAACGCUUUUGGAGAAGUGGUAUCACAACAUGUCAGCAUACCUUCCAUUGACACCUUACCCUGUACUGUCAAGCCCACCCAAGAAAAUUGUCUUCAAACCUGAUUAUCUACGGUGCUAUUGAGGUUGGACGUUUUACCAAAAACAUGAAUUCAGCUACAUUCCCUUGUCUUCAGCACACUACUGCCCCACAUAUCACAGGUCCUGUAGCAAUCCAAGGUUACCUUAAAAAUCAAUCUGUUCCUCUUUGACUGUUACUACCAAACAGGCAUGCCCUCAAAAGCCUAGAGCAGGUAAUUAUCAUUUGCAUGAAACUUUCCACUAACUUUCUUCUGCAGAACCGUAGCAAACAAUUUGAUUCCUCAGGAAUGCAGCAUGUAAUUGAGCUGCUUCAUUCAUUAACACAGAGCUUACUGAACUAUUACAUUACAAAUAGAGAUUAACUUACUGUAGUCACAUGUAGCCAAUCCUGCGGGCUGGUUAGUGGCCCUUGAGCAGGUUAUGGAAGCACCCAUUUUAUUCAUUUAAGGGCUUCUUACUUAUUAUAAACUAAAAAGCCAUAGUUUAACAAAAAAAGAAAAGAUUUCAAACUUGAGUCAGCACAUUACUUUGAAAAAGUAUGUUAUUCACUCAUGGGCCAAGAUUAAUCACAUUUUUAGUCAAUUAGGUCAAUUUUGCAUUUAAAUUGAAAAUUAGACAUCUUGUUUCAAAAGAAAAGCUUUUAAUUGUGUUUAAUUGAAUUAGAUACAUUUAAGUUACAAAGCUCCUUUUAUCCAGAUGUUAAUUUUUCAUUUUAGAAAUAAAAUGCUUCCUCCUCCCCCCUCCAGCCCUAUAUGAUACUGGUGCUGCUGCACUGUGGGCUAGAUUAUAACCAUUUCAGGGUUCAGAGAUGGACCUCUCAAUCUCUCUCUAAUCUGUCAUGAUAUUAAUCGUGAUUACUUCAUCUAAUUACACUGAGUGGCAGAUACAGGCAGAGUGGGAUUUAAACAACCAUCCGGAUUUGAUUAAAUAUAGCCCCUGCACAUCUCUCUCAUCUGGCUUUAACCAGCUCUGCAACCACCUACUGGCAGCAGCGGUUGUGCAUGUGAGAUUAUGACCUGAGAUAGCUCUAGUUUGUCUCUGAAAUUCAGUAAUUUCAAGAUUUAUAGAGUUUUAAUUAGAAAAGGGGGAUCAUAUACAAGUAGGACAGAGCAAGAACCCUUCAUCUUUUCAAUUCUCCAAGACCAGCACCUCAUAAGUUCAGACCAAGUCACCUUUAUGUGAACUGUGUGAGAAGCUCUAUGUUACAAUGAGAGAGAUGAACCCUGAAUAGGACCAUGUCUGGUGGGUGGGGGAGCAUUGUGAAGUUUAGCCAAUAUUUGGCAUCCUACAGUCGUAAUCAAUACAAGGGAUUAUAUUUUAGGGAUCAGAAAGGGAAAAUUGUUAAAUAUGUUAGCCCUAGAAACUUGACAUUCUUCCGCUUAGCUUCUACUGUGACAUCUGUACGGAUAUGAAAGCAUGGACUAAAAACAGAAACAUAAAACAGACAUUCAAACACACACACGCUUUGUAAUCUAAAAUACUGUUGUUUCCGACUGCAGAUUUGAUGGUGUACCUGAUGGACCUUCGUUGAAGGUUCACUGUAUAUUUCUGACUGGUGUACUGUAUGUAAAGACUGAAUAAAACCUUGAAUGUUACAUAAAGCCUGAA